AUGCAGGCAUCGAGGGCAAGGUUGUUCAAGGAGUACAAAGAGGUGCAGCGAGAAAAGGCUGUUGAUCCUGAUAUUCAACUAGUCUGUGAUGAAUCUAACAUUUUUAAAUGGACGGCUCUUGUCAAGGGUCCCUCCGAGACUCCAUACGAAGGUGGUGUUUUCCAGCUUGCUUUUUCUGUUCCAGAGCAGUAUCCUCUACAGCCGCCGCAAGUCCGGUUUUUGACUAAAAUAUUUCAUCCAAACGUUCACUUUAAGACUGGGGAGAUUUGUCUAGAUAUCUUGAAAAACGCUUGGAGCCCAGCUUGGACACUUCAAUCUGUCUGCAGGGCUAUAAUUGCUUUGAUGGCCCAUCCAGAGCCUGACAGCCCUCUAAACUGUGAUUCAGGCAAUCUUCUGCGUUCAGGUGACGUUAGAGGCUACCAAUCCAUGGCAAGAAUGUACACAAGACUUGCAGCAAUGUCAAAGAAAGGCUGA